GCAGCUUCCGGUCAUAGCUUUUUGGCAACUAGUCAGAUUAAUUUGUCGCAUCCAGCAAAAGUAAAAUAAAAUCGCUAUUAUUCCCUCAUCAUGUAGAUACUAUGCAUAUGAAUCAAUGCAAAUAUGCACAUAAGACAUGCAUAGCGUACUGGAUAUUGCAGAAGAGGACGAUAUUUCUUCGUGUCAAAGUCCAAAGCUGCCUCUUUGUUUAGCAUUAGCCGCUAGGUCUCAUCCAGUUGAGCAAAAGAUUGUAAGCAAAAAGUAACCUGGAGCCAACAUCCUGCCAAUUGCACCUUCACCAUGUUUCCGUGUGAUCAAUGUGGGAAGAGCUACUCCACCCCAACCAACCUCAAAAACCACCAACGCCUGCACACGGGGGACAAACCGUUUAGCUGUGAAUUUUGUGGGAAAUCCUUUUAUUGGAAUCACGAUUUGACGAAACAUUUAAGGGUCCACACUGGCGAAAAACCUUUUGGAUGCGAUCUAUGCCACAAGGAAUUUGCCACAGCUCGAAAACUCAAACUCCACAUUCAAAUCCACACAGGAAAUAGACCGUUUAGCUGUGAAGUUUGCGAUAAAGCUUUUGUGCAAAAUCAUGAUCUCCGAAGACAUAUGAUUAUACAUUCGGGGGAAAAGCCAUUCAAAUGUAAUGAAUGUGGGAAAACCUUUAUGCGCGAAGAAAAACUCAAAAUUCACGAACGAAUUCACACAGGAGAGAAACCAUAUUCUUGUGAAGAUUGUGGUCAAAUGUUCGCUCAUUCGUAUACGCUCGACAUGCAUAAAAGACUUCAUACAGGAGAAAAACCGUACAGCUGUGAAUUCUGUGGUAAGACUUUUAUCCGAAGCACCCAUUAUAAAGAGCAUAUCCGAUUGCAUACUGGUGAACGACCGUACAAUUGCGACCAGUGCAAGAAAACAUUCAGGACGUCAUAUUUGCUAGCAGCGCAUAAAACUACACACAAUAAAGAGACCGUAAUACCAUGCGAGAUAUGUGGUAAAAUUAGCCACACAAGAGGGACCUAUGCUUACCACAUGAGGAGGUAUCAUCCAGAGUGCAAGCCCCAAAAUCCCAAUCCAAUUAGGAAUUUUUCAAGGUUCAAAUCAAAACAGCAAAAAGAUGAUGAGCAACAGGAGGAAGAGGAAUCAUCUGAGAAGCAAGUUAAAAGUGAAGAGGAGGAGGAACCAGUUGUUGAAGGUGUUUCCGGGGAGCAGAAAUCAGGUGGAGACCAAGAGGAGAGUGAAACUGUAGUUAAACAGGAAGUAGAGGAUGGGUCAGAUUUUGAAGAGUCGGAGAAUUCGGAGGAAGAUCAAGAAGGAAAAUUUGAUCCAAAACUUAGAACUCUUAAGUCUGAGUUACAAGAAGAAGAAAACCAGGAAGCAUUUGAAACUGUCGUGAAACAAGAAAUGAAAGAAGAAUGUGAUCCAGAGGAGCAGGAAUUUCUAAAUAUUAAAAUCAAAGAGGAGCCAGAGGAUUGAUUGCUAUUAGUCAGAAAUGUUAAUGAAUGCCCAAUACAUUUAAUAACUGUUUUUAGAUUACAUUAACACUCAAAAUACAAAAUAAUUCUUGUUAAUAUGCAGAUUUUGUGAUGUGAAAUGUACAAGAUAAUGGACCCUGUCACUAUUGUCUAAUGAAGUUAAAGGCCUUGUACCAGAUUUUUUCACACGUAUAUUAUGAGCUGUCUGCAUCUAAUAUGAAGCAGUUUAUUGUCUGAUAAUCAGGAAGUGCAUGUUAGCAUGCUAGUUGUUGUUAGCUUUACCGUUAUGGCAAAACUCUGGUCUCUGGGAGUUGUGAAAAGCGCUUAUAAACUCAUUGCGGUGAAUAAUUAAGAUGCUCGAAAUGUAUAAGGUAAGUGACUUAGUAACUUUGGACCACUGCAAACUAGUUCUGUUUUUCACAUCUUUAAGACAGUAAAAAAUCAGGUACAGCGCCUUUAAACAUUUGUAGAAACUCCUGUUGGAUAUCUUAGAAUUCUUGACUCCUGUAUUGAUUUCCAAGGGAUAAGUUUUUAAAAAUUACCAUAUAGUUGAUCCAGGAAUACUGGGACAUAAGCACUUAUCUGUUUUGCUUGAAAUGUUUUAAUUGCUGAACUGGAAGCAACAAAACUUAAAAUUAAAAGGUUAAAGAUGAUAUUUUCAUCCUACUUCCUCACUGACAUUGAACUCAAGCCAUUUUAUACGGGACAGGGAGGGGAGCUGACAUAAAACAGGUCCAUAAACAGGUGUAUUUAUGGACUCGGUAUACUUGCUGUACUGAUCCUUGAAGGAAAGUACAUUUACUGGAACAACUACUUUGGUGACACUAAUUUAACUUUUUCAGAAAUUAUACAUGUAGACAAUAUCCAUGCAGUUUGACUGAACACACUGGCUUCCUCUUCACUGUAUCUGGUAUUGGUUCAUGAACACAAUUGCACUUCGAAAGUGCUUCAUUAGACAAACAAUCAAUAUGGAAAAUUCAAAGAGGGUGGAAACGGGUGGAACUUAACAGUCAAUUAUGUUGUCUGCCAAGCAAGUUAAUUUAUUUAUAUAUUUUUUUAUUACUUUAAUUUUACUGUAUAAUAGCAUCGCUGUUGUGAUAUUAAACCAAAAAACUCUUUAAUAAUGUAAAAUUUAGGCGUAUAGUCAGAUCCCAAACUUUCUCAGCUGUUUGCAAAUUUGCCAUGUUAAAUGUUGCCAAAUUAACUAGCAUUUUGUAGGACACUGGGGCGUUUAGCUCUCAAAUACUGUAUCUGAACGGCUUGCUAAUAAAAUUGUAUAAUUAAAUUAA